AUGGGUAUUUGCAGCUCACAUGAAAUAACCCCAGCGGCCACAGCAAAGCUCAUCCUCCAAGAUGGCCAGCUUGAGGAAUUCUCCUACCCAGUUAAGGUUUCACAGAUACUAAAAGGAAACCACAGCUAUUUCGUAUGCAAAGCUGAUGAUAUGGACUAUAAUGCCUGCAUUCCAGCCAUUGAUGGUGAUGAAGAGCUUCAACUAGGUCAGCUUUACUUUGUGCUGCCUGUAAAUUGGAUAAAUAGUCGGCUUAGCCCUCGUGAUAUGGCUGCCUUGGCUGUUAAAGCAAGUUUGGCUCUUAAGUCCAGUGGCGGACACAAGAUUUUGCCUGGGAUAAGAAGGAUUGUUCCCAUGUUAUAUGCUAGUAACAAGAAGGCUGUGGAGUGCAGUAGAAUGGUCGGCAAUGGCUGUGGUGGUUGCGGUGACGGUGACAGCCACAGUGGAAAAGGAUUGGAGGUGAAGAGGAAAGGGAGGAGCGUUGGUCGGAGAAGAAGUAAAAUAUAUAGACCGAACUUAAGCGUCAUCACGGAGGAAUAA